GAUCAAAGCCAGAGGCCCCGCUGCAAAUACCACACCGCACCGCCCGGAGUCUCACAAACCUCUCCCCGGCCCCACUCAGCUCUUGCAGACGUUUCCGUUUCUUGGAGCUGGACUCCGCCGGGUCGGGAAGCUGAGACACCAUCUACGUUCCAUUUCCCGUUCGGAUGCCGCCUUUACAAAAGCCAACUCCUAGCCUCAGAGAGCGCGCAGCUGACGCCCGGAGGGAAGCGCACUCCCGCGCCGCCGGCACUUCCGCGCUCCCGUCCGCGCGCACUCCGCGCCCUCCCGCCUGCACGCGCGCACGCCCCCGCGCACUCCGCGCUCCCCCGUCCGCACGCCCGCGCCCCCGCGCACUCCGCGCUCCCCCGUCCGCACGCCCGCGCCCCCGCGCACUCCGCGCCCUCCCGGCCGCACUCCCGCGCCUGCCGGCGCCCUGGAGCGCGCGCUCCGCAGCUGGGGCUGCACUUCUAGAGCGGAAAGCCCGAGGGGACUGCCGCCUGCCGGGACGGUCCACAACCACCACGAGUGAAAUGCCUAAGGACCCCCUGAAGGCCAUUCUGUUAGAGUUGGAAUGUCACUUUACAUGGAAUUUACUUAAGGAAGACAUUCUGUUUGAUGUGGAAAAUACAAUCGGGCAGCAGCUUGAGUUUCUCACCACAGAAUCCAGACUCACUCUUUACAACCUAUUGGCCUAUGUGAAACACCUAAAAGGGCAAAAUGAAGAUGCCCUGGCGUGCUUGGAACAAGCAGAAGACAUAACCUGGAGAGAACACCCGGACAAAGAAGAAAUACGGCGUCUGGUCACUUGGGGAAACUAUGCCUGGGUGUACUAUCACAUGGACCAGCUUAAGGAGGCACAGAGGCAUUUAGACAAGAUAGGGGCCGUCUGCAAGAAACGGUCCAGUCCUUCUGACUACAAGUUGGAGAGUCCUGAGAUUGAAUGUGAAAAAGGGUGGGCAUUCUUGAAAUUUGGAGGAAAGUAUUACCAGAAGGCUAAAGCGGCUUUUGAGAAGGCUCUGGAAGUGGAACCUGACAAUCCAGAAUUCAGCAUUGGCUACGCCAUCACGGUCUAUCGGCUGGAUGACGGUAACAGAGGAGGGCCUGCAAGGAGCUUGUCUCUGGGCCCGCUUAGGAAGGCUGUCACCCUGAACCCAGAUAACGCCUACAUGAAGGUUUUACUGGCGCUGAAGCUUCAAGAUGUACGUGCAGAAGCUGAAGGGGAAAGGUACGUUGAAGAAAUCCUGGACCAGAUAGCUUCCCAACCUUACGUCCUUCGUUAUGCAGCCAAAUUCUACAGGAGAAAAAAAUCCUGGGACGAAGCUCUUGGACUUUUGAAAAAGGGCUUGAAGGCGACGCCCACGUCCUCGUUCCUGCAUCACCAGAUGGGACUCUGCUAUAGGGCACAAAUGAUCCAGGUCAAGAAGGACACGUGCAACAGGCCUAAAGGGGAGGAUAAACUGAGAGUCGACAGGCUUAUUGCGAUGGCUCUCUCUCAUUUCAAAGCAGCUGUGGAACGAGACUCCACGUUUGCGUUUGCCUACACGGACCUGGCCAACAUGUACGCCGAGGGAGGCCAGUAUAGCAAGGCUGAAGACGUUUUCCAGAAAGCCCUUCACCUGGAGAACAUAAUUGAUGAUCACAGACAUCAGAUCCACUAUUACUAUGGCCGCUUUCAGGAAUUUCACUGUAAAUCAGAAAGUACUGCCAUCCACCAUUAUGUAGAGGCCUUGAAGCUUAGAGACCGGUCACUCCUCCGGACCAAACUAACAAGUGCUCUGAAGAAAUUGGCUGUCAAGAGACUUAGUCACGAUGCUUCAGAUGUGCAGAGUUUAUGUGCCCUGGGGUUUGUUUAUAAGCUGGAGGGAGAAAAGAGGCAAGCUGCUGAGUUCUACGCUUGGGCCCAGAGGAUAGACCCAGAAAAUGCAGAGUCCCUUGCUGCUCUCUGUGAGCUCAGACUUUGUAUUUAAAUACACACUCUAGGAAAUUACUUUGAAGAUUUUCUCCUCAUUGUGGGUUCAAGUAUUCUUGUUCAUUGUUUUAAUCUAUUGUUAAUUGUGGAGCUGAUUUUUAUUGAAUGUUUACUGUGUAGCAGGCAUCAUGCUAAAUAUGAAUCUUUCACUGUUUUUUUUCUAAUGAAAAUAGUGUAAUCCAUUUGGCAACAAAAACAUUCCAGAUGUUGUUACCUUUCAAAAAUGGGAGGGCUAUUAUGACUUUACACCUCGAUCUCUGCUAUUUAUAAUAAUUUUCUGAUAAAUUUCUUGUCAAAUUUCACAUAUUGCUCACUUAGGCAACAAGCAUAAUCUUGCCGUAAGCCUUUGACCCCUAGGUCAAGAACGGACUUCCGGCAAAAUGGAAAAUUCUAUUAGUUAAGCUCUUAACUGUGUAGCUUGGCAAAGAUGGAUCCUAUCCAGUUCUGACUCUGAGGAAGGUAUUUAACCAUUAGCCCGUUAGUCACUUAAAGAAUCCUUUUUGUUGAAAGAAAAAGUUCUUAACAGUAAAAAUUCUGCUGUCUGUGAUGACCUCAAUGAAAGGAGAAAAAAAACUAGAACAGGGGAAAAAAUAUUUCUUUAAAUACAGAAUUCCAAAAUGUUCAUUACGCAAUUAGAAAUAGUUGUGAGGAAAAAAGUGAACAAUGGAAAAUCCUUAGUCUCGAGUUUCUCCGGUCUUUCAACUGGAAAGUAAACCUUAUCUAAAUGGAAUUAACUUCAUUCCAACUAAAAUUGCAGAAUUUUUAGGUUAAAAUCAUUGCACAGAUUGAGGAAUUGUGGGAGAAAUGAUAAUUAAAUGAUAUCCCCAUUCUACAUCCAUAGAUUGCCAAGUUUUGGUGAUUAAGUUUUGGGUCUGGGCUGGGUGGUUCUUGUUCCCCCAGUUUCCGGCCUGUGGUUAACUGUUCAAGCAUUCCAAAGUUACUUCUGUGUGGCUCUUUCUUUUGCCUGAAGUUUUCAGAUUGACAUGUUUUCCUGUAGAUCGUCCAGGAGUAGUUAAGCCCUGCUUUCUGUUUGAAUGUCCACCUCGAAGGGUCUACUACUCAAGGACUCUGACCCCAGGGAUGCUUUUUACAACGGGAUGCUACUGAAAGUGGCUUCUUUUAUGUUGUUUCUUUGAUUAUCAUACACAAUUGUAUCUACCACCAGUGUUAGUGGAAAAGCGUGCCGUGCGAUUUGAUUCUCCAUACUGCCACUGCCUUAAGACUGCCAUGAAUUUGUGUGUUAUUUCUACUCGUUACUAUUUUUAUUUUUUUAAUUAAAUUUUCUGUUAUGGUUUUGAUGGGUUUGAUUAUUAUAAAAGUGGUGAAUUCUCACUGUAAAAUUUCAAAUAAACAGAAGCAUAUGAAUUUACAAGUAAGAGCACUUCCCUCACUCUAACCCAGUUCCACACCCCCAUGGUAACCUGUUAACAAUUUAAUAUGUAUCCUUCCAGAUAUUUUUCUAUGCAUAUUCAGACACGCAUCCAUACUGCAGUGUAUUUCGCGAAUUAAAUUUUUUUAAAUGUUUGUUUUA